CUUUCCCUCGCUUUAAAUAAACUAUAGAAUCGUUGCCGCGUCACGGUCAGACUUGAACUUGACAAUGUCGAAUAUGAUCAUUUAAUCAAGCCACCAGGACAUAAUAAGAAAUCGCUUAUUUUUUUACUGUCAAGGAAAAGCAAACUGAUGGUUUUUCGAUGACACGUCAUGCGUCAUCAGACGGCGACGCUAGAUACCUUCUUGAAGAAAGCUGUCACGUUACUACGUGUGUGUAUUUAAAUAGGUUGUUGGGUACCGUUUUAUGAUUAUGUGUAACGAGUUUUAACAGUUUAUACGGUAUCUAAAUAUUGUAAGUAAAUUAGAACAAUUGCCAACGUCUGACCAUGUGUGAAAUAGACGAAAACUACGGCGAUAUCUUGGAAAAAAGCACGAUACCAUGCGUCUCUCAGAUGUGUAUGAAAUGUAAAUCGAACAGUGCUGCGCUGAUUAUCCGAGCUGGAGAUGCUUUUUGCCGAGGCUGCUUCAAGGAGUAUUUUGUGCAUAAGUUUCGCGCCAUGCUGGGAAAGAAUCGUCUCAUAUUUCCUGGUGAGAAGGUUCUCCUUGCCGUGUCCGGUGGUCCUGCCUCCAGCUCCAUGCUUGCGCAGGUCCAACAGGGUUUGAGCCAAGAUACGCCAAAGAAAUUAAGAUUUGUUCCUGGAAUAGUCUAUAUAGAUGAGGGAGGGGCUACUGGCCAGAGCAUGGAAGAGAGACAGAUGGCAAUUGCUCAGUUGAAGUCCAUAUUCCAAGCCACUGGCUUUCCCAUCCAUAUAGUCCACCUGGAGCAGGUGUUUAGUCUGCCAGGAUCCGUCCUGGAGGCUGCCUCACCAACCCCCACAGGGACCGAUGGGAGUUACAAGGGCGCUGUGGACCAGUACAUCCGGAAAGGCAGCACGGGUGGAGCCGGUCCGUCUGAAGAGCCGACCCAGCCCCGGGGUCACCCUGUGCUGGAUGUCCAGCAGCAUCUGGCCCAGCUGAGCACCAUGGAGGUGCCAUCUUCACAGCACUCCCAGGAGAUGCCAUCUUCACAGCAGUCCCAGGCCCUGGAGAUGCUGUUUUCUUCUGUGAGGACGCUCACCGCCCGAGAGGACUUGCUGAUGACCCUCAGGCACCACCUGAUCGUGCACACGGCGAGGACACAGAGCUACGCCAAGGUCAUGAUGGGGGACAGCUGCUCCCGACUGGCCGUCAAGCUGCUCGGCAACAUUGCUCUGGGUCGAGGGGCAUCGCUGGCCACAGAUACGGGCUUCUCAGACCCUCGCCACGGGGACAUCAUGCUCGUCCGGCCCAUGAGGGACUACACCUCGAAAGAGAUCGCCUUCUAUAACCGCAUGUUCGGCGUCGCGUCCGUUUUCAUCCCCAGCCUCGACACCAAGGUCUCUGAGAAGGCCAGCAUCCAGCACCUCACCGAGAGCUUCGUCACCAGACUGCAGACCGACUUCCCCUCCACCGUCAGCACCAUCUACAGGACAAGUGAAAAGCUUCAAACGGCCUGUGGGCCCCAGGACCGCGAUGCUGGGCUGACUGCCCGGUGCCUCCUGUGCAUGUGCCCGUUGGACACCACAUCUGACAAGUCCUCCGCCUUCCAUGCCACCCUGGUGUCAGAGAAGCUCUCCCAGAAGCUCCCUUCCGAGGCGGCUCCACCCAAACAGGGCUGCCUCUCCUCCACGGGGCGGCAGGGCAAAGAUUGCGGGGCACUGACAGAUGGAUGCUGCUCCUCUGACAGGACGGGCCGCGUCCCGGAGCUUGGGAGCCUGCUUUGCUACAGCUGCAGACUGACCAUCAAAGACACGGCGGCUGUCGACAGCCUGCCCCCCUAUAUUUUAACCGAAGCGACACGCCGGAUGCAAAGGUCCCAGAUGAGGGAGGAGAUCGCUGAAUUCCUGUUGGAGGAGGAUGACGGCUGAGGACUCCCUGAGGAAAGCUGGGACAGUUCAGAGGCCGUUUCCUUGGACUUUCUGUGUCUGGCGUCAUUUGGAUCUUUGUGGUGUGGGGUCAGGAGGCACAAGUCCGGCACCAACAGGGGAGAGUGUUAAACUAUGCAUUUAAAUUCCAGAGUGCGCUUCAGUUACUUUUGUAAAACCAAUUAAAUAUUGCUGCAUUGUACCA